AUGUCGGCAGCGACUCCCUCACGCUCGACGCGUCGUGCGACGCGCAGAACUCUCGUCGUCGAAGAUGAGUCGGGAGAUGAGUUGAGUAUGGUACAAGAGGAGAAGGAUGAAGAGUUCACACCCGCGCCUACGCGCGCCAGCCCACGAAAAUCAACACGUCGACAGACGACUGCGAAUACAGACGUGUCACCAAAGAAGUCUACUCGUGCGCGGAGAACCAGAACAGGCGACAGCAUCGAGCCAACACAACUAUUCGACCCAGACGAAACAGUCCCCAGUGUUGAGCCUCCAUCGCCGACCAAGAAAGCCGCUUCACCGCGCAAGCGCAAGAGUGCAGCUCCUCCCCGCAGCAGGAGAUCAUCAGCAGUCCCCUCUCUAACUCCUGCGCCACAAGAUGAAGUGCCUGUCUCUCCCGAACAGCAGAGCACCCCUCUCGCCGAUAUCACGUCAAAAGCAUUGAACAGAAGCGCCGUCCCUGCUGCGAGCCAAAAACCUACUCAGAGCGCUGAAGCCGAAAGAGUACUCGAGAAACCAAUGGACAUAGUUAUUCGCGCAAGACAGCAGAUCGCACCUGUUGUUGAAGAGCCAACUGGACCCAAGUCGCGCAUGGUCAUCCGCCAGCUGGUCAUGACAAACUUCAAGAGUUAUGCUGGACGCCAGAUCGUUGGCCCUUUCCACGCGUCCUUCUCUGCUGUCGUCGGGCCUAACGGCUCGGGUAAGUCAAAUGUCAUUGACUCGCUGUUGUUCGUCUUUGGCUUCAGAGCCAGCAAGAUGCGACAGGGCAAGAUCUCUGCUUUGAUUCAUAAUUCAGCCAUGCAUCCAAAUUUGGACCAUUGUGAAGUUGAAGUACACUUUCAAGAAAUUAUUGAUCACCCUGGGGGCAAACAUGAGGUGGUACCAGACACCACAAUGGUCGUCUCUCGAAAGGCUUUCAAGAACAACUCGAGCAACUACUACCUCAACGGCAGAACGACAAACUUCACAUCGGUCACGACACUCCUCAAGGAAAAAGGCAUCGAUCUAGACCACAAGCGCUUCUUGAUCUUGCAGGGUGAAGUUGAAUCGAUUGCUUUGAUGAAACCCAAGGCCCAGAAUGAGCACGACGAUGGGUUGCUGGAGUAUCUAGAAGAUAUCAUCGGCACUUCAAAAUACAAGACUCCCAUCGAAGAAGCUGGCGUGGAACUGGAGAAUAUGAACGAGGUUUGCAUCGAAAAGCAGGGUCGUGUACAACAUGUCGAGAAGGAGAAGAACGCUCUCGAAGAGAAGAAGAACAAAGCUCUAGCUUUCAUUCGUGACGAGAAUGAGCUGGUGGAGAAACAGUCAACGCUCUAUCAGAUAUACCUUACCGAGUGCGAAGACAACGCCAAGGUCACCGAAGAAGCAAUUGAGCAGAUGCAAGAACAGCUCAAGACAGAGCUGGAGAAGCACGCGGGUAAUGAGGACAGCAUUCGCGAACUUGAAAAAUCUUACAAAAAGGCAGUCAAACAAUAUGACUCGAUGGAAAAGCAAACCCAGGACCUUGUCAAAGAAAUGGCCAAGUACGACAAGGAGAGUGUUAAAUUUGACGAAAAGCGCAAGUUCAUUGCCGGCAAGCAGAAGAAGGCCGAAAAACUGGCAACGACCAGUCGGCUGUCUGCCUCUGAAGCCGCGAGCUUGACUGAAAAGCACUCGGACGACAUUGAGCGCAAGAGUGCCGAAGUAGCCGAACUUGAGCAGAACAUGCAGAAGGAGGAGCAAGAACUAGUCGCGAUUCGAGAGUCUCUCAAGGGCAAAACGCAAGGCUUAUCCGACCAGAUCGCGGCGAAGCAGAAAUCACUUGAGCCCUGGAACGAGAAGAUCACUCAAAAGCAAUCCAACAUUGCCGUACUCCAGUCAGAACUAGACAUCCUACUGGAGAAGGCGAGUUCCGGCCAGAAGGCGGUGGAUGAGGCACAAGCCAAGGUUGAAAGCAUCCAAGAGUCACAAGCCACCAAGGCUGCUGAGAUCGAGCAACGUCAAAAGGAGAAAGCACGUCUCGAGAAGGAGGUUAGGAAGAUCCAAGACGCACUGCAGAAGCUUGCACAUAGCGAGCCCGAAGUCCGGUCGCAGAUAUCGAGUGCACGACAAAAAGCCGACGAGGCCCGAGCCAGUCUCGUCACGAGCCAAAACCAGGGUAACGUCUUGAAGGGCUUACUGCGUUUGAGGGACUCUGGCCGCAUCGAUGGCUUUCACGGCCGACUGGGCAAUCUUGGGACGAUCGACGAGCAGUAUGAUGUCGCUAUCUCAACGGCUUGCCCAGCAUUAGAGAAUAUGGUGGUCGAUACCGUUGAGUCUGGUCAACAGUGCAUUGAAUAUCUGCGGAAGAACAACCUUGGUCGUGCCAAUUUCAUUUUACUGGAUCGGUUGGCGGAAAAGAAUCUUUCCUCGAUCAAAACACCAGAGAAUGUCCCACGACUUUUUGAUCUCAUCCGACCCAAGGACCAGAAAUUCGCACCUGCCUUCUACAGCAUCAUGAGAGAUACUUUGGUCGCUGAGAAUCUUGAGCAAGCCAAUAGAAUCGCCUACGGCGCGAAGCGAUGGCGAGUUGUCACUCUUGACGGCCAGCUCAUCGACGUAUCUGGUACGAUGAGUGGUGGCGGUACAAGAGUUGCUCGAGGAGCAAUGUCGUCGAAGCUAUCCUCUGACACCACAAAGGAGCAAGUUCAGAAGCUCGAAACUGAGCGCGAUGAACUUGAGAAGCAAUUUGAUGCCUUUCUUGAGAGACAGCGAGAUCUCGAGAACAGUCUCCGGGAGAAGCAAGAGGAAAUUCCACGGCUCGAAACUUCGCUUCAGAAAUGCAACCUUGAUGUUACAAAUCUGUCGAGGAACUUGGUGGAUGCCGAAAAGCGUGUUCAGGAUCUCACCACGGAGCUCAACAACACUUCGGCCGACGAUUCCCAGAUCAAGGCAUUGGAGAAGCAGAUUGCGUCCGCCGAAAAAGAGAUCGAGAAGCUGAAGGCAGAGACUGCAAACGUUGAGGCUGAGAUCCAAGCGCUACAAGACAAGAUUAUGGAAGUUGGCGGUAUCAAGCUGCGAACCCAGAAAGCCACGGUUGACGGCCUGAAGGAGCGAAUCGACCUUCUGAAUGAGGAUAUCUCUACAGCAGAGGUCGGCAAGACGAAGAACACCAAGCUGCAUGCUAAACACGAGAAGGCCAAAGCCGAUGCGGAAAAGGAACUCGAAUCUCUUGCUGCUGACCUCGAGAAGCUUGAGGCCGAGAUUGCAAAGCAGCGUGAGAACGCUUCUGGCUACAGACAACGCGCCGAAGCGGCGCAAAACGAACUUGCACAGAAGAAAGAGGAGCUGUCAGAGAUGAAGACAGACCUCGAUAAGCAAACCGCAGAGCUCAACGAGACUCGGGCAGCGGAGAUUGAGAUGCGCAACAAGCUUGAGGAAAACCAGAAAAUAUUGAGCGAUAACAGUCGGAAAGCCCAUCAUUGGCAAGAGAAGCUCUCAAAGCUCGAGCUCCACGACAUCGCGGACCUGGAAGCGCCCAUCGAUUCGAAAACAGCUACCACCGAUGCCAACGAUGAAGAUGCCAUGGACGUCGACAAGCCGGUAGACGAGCAGAAUGUCGAUCAAGAUCCCGAUGCGAUGGAUGUGGAUGCCGGACCUUCCUCCGAAAGCGACAGCCAGCACGUAGGUGAUACUACCACCCAACAAGCCCGACGUCAGCUUCCCACGUAUACUCGCGACGAGCUUCUCGACAAGUCCAAAGCUCACCUCCUCGCCUCCAUUGCUGCGCUGGAAGAGAAAGUGUCCUCCGCCAGUGGCAUUGACCUUGCUGUCAUCGCCGAGUACCGUCGACGCUGCGCCGAAGUGGCUUCUCGUUCUGCAGACCUCAACUCCUCACUCCGCAGCCGUGACGCGGCAAAGAAUCGUCUCACCGACUUACGUUCGAUGCGUCUGACUCAAUUCAUGACGGGAUUCACGACCAUCUCCCAGCACUUGAAGAGCAUGUACCAACUCAUCACUCUCGGUGGCAAUGCCGAGCUUGAGCUUGUUGACUCCCUCGACCCGUUCUCGGAAGGUAUCCUCUUCAGCGUCAUGCCACCCAAAAAGAGCUGGAAGAACAUCGGCAACCUCUCUGGCGGUGAGAAGACGCUGUCAUCGCUAGCUCUCGUCUUUGCCUUGCAUGUCUACCGCCCAACGCCGUUGUACGUCAUGGACGAGAUUGACGCCGCCCUGGAUUUCCGGAAUGUCUCCAUUGUCGCCGGCUACAUCAAGGAACGCACCAAGAACGCACAGUUCAUCGUCAUUUCACUGCGCAACAACAUGUUCGAGCUUGCCGAGCGACUCGUCGGCAUCUACAAGGUCAACCACAUGACCAAGAGCGUCACGGUCGAGAACCGGGAUUACCUGGCGUUGCAGCGCCAGCAGCGCGCUGCGGAAGCCCGAGCCAUGCAGCAGCGGAUGUUGGCUGCGCAAGCGCAGUCUCAGAGGCCGGGCACGGCGGGCUCAUCAGCAUCAAUACAGAGUCAGAGUCAAGGGCAAGGACAGAGUAUAAGGCCUGGCACAGCGGACUCGCAGAGGCAGAUACAGCCGCAGGUGGCGCCUAGUACUGAAGCGGCGUGA